AUGAAUGUUGCCCUUUUGUUAUGGCUCAACGUGGGUGCUUACAGCGUGGGUGCUAGCAAAGAAGGAUUUGCAUCCAUCUUCCCAGGUUCUCUUUUCAUUGGUUUGCUCAAAUUGCUGGAAAGGUGCAUACGCCUCAGGCAUAGGUGGGGCAGGUUCUGGAAGCCUUUGACGUUUCUGCCACUGGAACCUUCAAAUCCUCCAGCCUUCUAA